AAGAGGCAGAGGAUAAUGACCAGAGGACGACAACAGCAGCGCAGUGGACGACAACGAGUCAUUCGCCUCUGUAGACGAUCUAGACGCAGACGAAGAGGCACACAAGAUGGAUUUGGAGAGUUUGAAAGAGGUGGAUCCCAAAUUCUACAAAUACUUGCAGGAGAACGACAAGGAGCUGCUGGAGUUUGGGAACGAGCCUGAGGAGAUUAAGGAUGCUGAAGAUGUGGACGUGGAAGUGGACGAAGCAGGUAUCGCGAUGGAAGAAGAAGAGGAUGAGAUCACCGUUCCUUCCACUGCGAAAGAGGUGAUGAAGGAGAUGCUACACGCGUGGCAGAGACGCCUUCUACUCGCAUUCCGUGUCGCGGUACAUAUGAAUGAAGAAGAUGGGACGCAAUAUGCGUACUCCAUAGGCAGCUCGGCCGUAUAUAACAAGCUUGUUGUUGCUGCGUUGAAGUACACGUCGAUCGUCCUUUCCCAUCAUUUACCUUACAAAACUCUUCCCGACAGAUGCUACAAACCUCCCGCACAGACGAAGAAACACUCCACCCUGCAGAAGAUGACUCUCUCUUUCUUCGGUAACGUUCUUCACCUCCUCUCCCAGCUUCCAGACGGCGACAUGAAGCUCCUCAUCCUAUCCGAGUCGACGAAAGUGAUCCCAUACAUCGUCUCUUCCCGGAAAGUCGUCAAGGACUACCUCAAGCAGCUGCUAGCGGGUUCGAUGACGGACUUAUGUCUCUCUCGUCCGCUCUUCACGGGCAACGACGGUGCACACCUGCCCUCGAUCAACCUCAUGAAGAACUCUGCUAUGGAGCUGUACACCCUCGACCACGAGGCGGCGUAUCAGCACGCAUUCCGUAUAUCCGCCAGCUCGCCGUCCACCUCAGGGAAAGUAUGAAAGUGAAGAGCAAGGAGGCAUACAAGGCUGUCUAUAACUGGCAAUAUGUGCACUCGCUCGGCUUUUGGGCUGGGGUCCUCGCCAAGGCGUGUGAUUGGGAUGCACUGGGAGAGAGUGCACUACAUGCAAGUGACGAUCGGGGCGAUCAAACUGAUUCCAACACCCCGCUACUUCCCACUGCAUCUCCACUGCGUCCGUUCCCUCCUUCACCUGAUCCGCCACACGGGGGUGUUCGUCCCCCUCUCUCCCUUCAUCCUGCAAAUGCUCACAUCAUCCGAGCUCUCGCACAAGCCCAAGCCCUCAACCCAGCGUCCGCUCGACCUGCAAGCCUUCAUCUGCGUCCCAGCACCGUAUGUCCGCACCAGACUGUACCAAGAUGCCCUCGCGGAGGAAAGCGCCUACCUGCUCGGAGAAUGGUUCGAGAUGUGUGCGCAGACCAUAGCUUUCCCCGAGCUUGCUGUGCCAGUGACGAUCCUCGUCCGGCGGAUGCUGAAAAGGUUCAGCAGUGUCAAGCUCGCAACUACUCUCAAGCCGCUUGUAGAGCGUCUGGAGGAGCAUGCAAAGUGGGACGAGAAACGACGUUCGGGAGUAGCAUUCGAUCCGGCGGAUGCCGCGGGGAAGUAGAGAGGUUCGAAGCGGCUAUUGGGGUUGCCGAGAGCCCGUUGGGCAAGUGGAUGAAACUCCAGCGGAGGGCCAGGGAGAGACGCAAGGCAGUGAUCGAGAAGGCGAGAGAGGGUGCAUCGGAGAUGGUGGACAACUGGGGAAGCGUGCCCUCGUAACAGUUAUGCACUAGAACUCUGAUGCUCGUGUUUAAUCUCGGAUCAUCAUUAGUAGGAGACUCAUGAUAUCUUUAAUGAUCAUGUUGUGAACUCUCC